CAACAACAACAAAAAAAAAAAUUGUAUUUAUUUCUAAAAUCAGUUUCUAAUAUUUUUGUCAAGAUUCAAAAUCAUUUGAUUAUACUCAUCCAUUUUCUAAUAUUUUUUGGCAAUAUUCAGAAUUAGUUGCUAAAAAAAAAGAGGCAAUAUUCAGAAUUCAUUUGAUUAUCCUCGUGACCUCAUCAUGUACCUCAUCAUUCACAUACACUGCUCAGAAAAAGCCAAUGGUCAUAUAUUAUCAUGCAUCUUCUUGAUUUUUUUUAUAAAUUCAAAUAUUAUCAUUCACCACCUUCACACCGCCAACACCCCUACAUGUUAGUCACCACUUCUCCACGCCGCCAUAGACGUGCUUUCCACUUCUUCCCCGUUUUAUAUAUAUAUCCUAUGAAUUCUACGUUUCUAAUCCAACCCUAAGCAUCUCACCUCUUACUUUUCAUUCACCUUUGUUAGUAUAUUACCUUAGAUUACUAAGUUUAUUAUGUCUCCUCCAGCGUUGAUUGUGUUAGAAGAUGGUCUAACCAACAAAUGGAGCAACGACGAGUGGCAGCGUCUCAGCGUUUUCCCCGGAGAAAACCCUAACCCUACUUUCAAUUUCUUAGUGAAGAACCAGCUGACAGUUUCACCGGUUCUCUCCCGCCCAUCUGUGAAAGAUGAAAGCUUCAGAAUGGUCUUACCUCUGGCUAUGUCUCCGCCAAGAGACAACGCCGUGCCGCUUCCUGUUCUUCCCGAGCCGAUGAUGAAGCCACGUAAGAAGCUUGGCACCCAAGAAUCCAUGCUUUCUGUUGGAAAAGCUAGGUAUCCCGUAAAAAAAUUUAUCCAUGAAGAUGAAGAAGAGUUCAAAUGCAACGCCUUCUGUUUAUCCCUCCCUGGAUUUAUGAAGCAAAAACAUGUGAGGUCACCGAAAAGCAGCGAUGAUUCUUCUGUAAAGAAGAAGAAGAUGACCAAAGCGUCAUCGUUUUCAAACUCCACAAUCUCCCUAGGUGACUCGUUUGAGAAAUUCGAAUGUGGCUCAUGGGCUUCAACAACAACGGCUCUAGCCCGAGAAAACAACCGGUUGUACUUUGAUCUACCAGUGGAGAUGAUCAAGUGUGGCCGUGGAAGCGGUGGAGAUGUCCAAGAACCAAUGAGUUUGGGUUUCUUCUUCGACAAGGAACGAGAAAGUUUACCUUUGAGAAGUGUUCUAAAGACUUCUCGGUCGGAAAGGCAACAAAGGGGUUGUUCGGCUGAGACAUCACCGCAUCGCCGUGUCAGGUUUUCAACCACGACCUCGGUUUCAUGCCCGACUUCACCGCGGUCGUGUAUCACCCCACGCUUGCUUAAAGCUAGAGAUGACUUCAACACGUUCUUAGCAGCACAGAACGCGUGAAGAACUUAAGAAAACAUAGCACUAUAAUAAGACUUACUAUAAUAUAUGUUCGUAUCUACAAGUAACCGGUAUGUAUAUAACAAUGAUGAAGGAUUACGAUAUUGAUCCUCCACAUGUAUCACCUUUGAUCCGAAUAUUAAGCUUUCUUUUUGGUACUAAUUUUCCCAUCAUUGUUUUUAUAUUGGUACAUAAUUAAUAAAACGUAUAAUAUAAACGGUAAAUACUAAACCUUUCAACAUCGUACAAACUUGAUGGAAGGAAAGUAAAAAGGUAUAUGUGUCUUUACAAGAAGAAGAAAACUUCAACGUCAAGAAAAGAGUUGAUAUGAAUCUCUGAGGCAGAUCCGAAAUGCAAACGCCCUCCAGUCAAAC